AGCUUAAUAAUAUUAUUAAUAAUAAAUCUAUCAACUGUUCACAUCCUAACAAAUAUUUGUUGUUUCUUCUUUAAAAAAAAUCAAAAUGUAUAGAAUAUUUUCAACAGUCGAAAACAGGUGGAAAUGGAUAGUUUUCUUUGCUAUUUUACAACUGACAUGUUUUUCAUCAGAAGCUAUGAAAAUACGAUGCGUAAAUAUAAAUACAGGACAUGAUGUUGAAUAUGAUGAAUCAACUGAAGUUUGCUGUAAUGGGGUACACAGAAAAUUCAUCAAAGGACAUGAACAUAGAUGUUGUAUUAAGAUAUCAAAAGAUGGUGAUACUAAACGAGAGUUAUACAACAUAACAACAUCCCUGUGUUGUGGUGGGGUUCUUUAUAAACUACAACCAGAACAAAUGAGAAUGAAUCCAGUUUGUUGUGGAGACCAGGUUCUAAUGAAUCACAGCGCUCAGUUUUGUUGUGGACAGAAACUAUAUACAUACUCAACAAAACAUUUUAACUGUUUUAGCAGAGGGGACAUUUCAUUUCCAAUAGAAGAAGGUGAUAAAGUCUGCUAUAAACAAAAUAAAACAGGAACAACUAUUAAGCUGUACACAAAAGAGGAAGUCAAAGAAAAAGGACAAUCCGCAAAGUGUUGCGGAUUACAUUUGUACCAGCAUGGUGGUACCCAUGUCUGUUUUAGGAAAGAAAGUCUAUUUCUUCAAGGUGCAAUCCCAGAAGAAUGUGGUCCAAAUCGCACUAUUCAUGAUGCAAGUAAGACAGUGUGCUGUCAAGACACAGGAAAGCUGAUACCAAUUGGCAUGUAUGCUUCAAAGUACCAUGACACACUUCCAAACCUAGACUGUUUUAAGGGAAAGCUAGUGGACCUUGAUAAAGACAAAAUAGUUUACAAUGGAGAUGAUGGAAAAAUCAUUCCAAAACACUUUGAUCAAUGUGGUCCAGAUACCUAUGACCCCCAAAACAGUAGAGUGAGAGGAAUUUGUUGCGAUGGCAAAUUGCAUUUUCAUAAGUUGAAUGACAUGAAUGCCAUGUGCUGUGGAACAGAGCUUAUUGACAAAAGCAACCAAAGCUGUUGUAACAACAGAAAAAUCACAAAAUCACAAAAAUGCUGUGGAGACACCGUUUAUGAUAUUUACAAAAACGAUGUCAUAUGCUGUAACAGACAGCUUUACAAUAAUUCCUACUUGUGUUGUAAGCCACAGUCAAGUGUCGAAAUUCCAACAUUAAAGCAAAAUAGGAAUGACAAUACAUGCUGUGGGAAAACAACAUUCCACCCAUUAGUGGCAAUGUGCUGUGAUGGCAAGGUGGAAUUUGGUUCAAAGAGCUGCGACUUGAGGGAUGAAGUAGAAAAAAAAUCUGUUGCAACACCUAGGCCAGGAAAGGUUAUAAAAGAUACAGUGCAUCAAAUUAUUGCUGCAAACCAAAAAUCUCCACGAAACUUAGUCUGUCAGGCUUGUCUCCAAUAUGAAAGACCUGAAAGCGAUUGUGUUAAACGGUUCAGAUUUCAAGUCUAUGUCUUUGACAUCACCGAAAAAGGAGGUCGAACUAGAUUACAUGUUUUAUUUCUGGAGCCAAAGUUUAUGCGGAAAACAAGAAUGGUUUUGUAUACAUCUGGAACAUGCAAGUGUUUUAAGCAAAACACCAUUUAUGACAUAUAUACCAACAGAAAUUUGAAAGACAAGGUUAAGUUGUCAAAUAGAUUUCGAUCACAUUUUACAGUGAAGGAUAUGUUUUACAAAGUUAAAGGAAACUUUGGCAAUUUUUAUAAGGACAAUACAUGCCAAGUAGAGAGGUACUACAGACCAAUUGUUACUUGAUGAAACAUCACACAUUUAGACAACUCUUCAAUCCCAUCUUCUCGGCUCUUUCUGUCAAACUUUGGAUUAGAACGAAAAAUAGCCAAGAUGUUGCUAUGGACAAUGCUUGUGCUGAUCAAGGUAUUUACCAAUGAGAUUGGUCAUCACACAGGUGUUCAAUGUUCCUACCAAAAGUUCAAAACCCUCAUUUUUUACAUUCAUAUAUUGGUAUAUACAUGUAUCUCAUUUUUUUCUUAACCAUAUACAAAGGGUUAGUGAGCCCCUAGCACAGACAAAUAUGGCUUGAAAGGCAGGCCCUUUGAUUGUCACCUACAGCUCUUUUAAGGGCUACCUCCUUUUCAUAUUGUCUAAGGUAACUGAACAUUUAGGUUCUCAUUGACUGCCAUACAGUAACCUACUUUUGGCUUAAAAUUCAUAUCUUUGGCUAAUACUCUGUGGAAACUGCAUGGAGGUGCUACAAAAUUAACUCUUUAAGGACAUACCUGGUGACAUGUUCAGGGUCUGUACUCGACAGCAAAAGCUUUUAUGUACCAGUCGCAGGCUGAUGGAUAUUCUUUAAACCUUGAAUAUGUACAUACAUCAAUAUACAAUGCUCCCAAGGCUCCAAUUUCUUAGUCAUGGCCACCAUCUUUAGUCCUAAAUGGUGUAGGUAAAAAAUAAUUAUUUCAUUACAACAUAAUAAUAAUACAUAAAUUUCCAUGACAUCAUUAUUAAACGUCAUAUUAACUUGAGAUGUAAAAUGAAAUAUUUUGUUAUUCUAUGAACAAAAAAUAUUCAUAAAACCAAAAACUCCCAUACUUGUGAUGAAAUUUUUCAGAAAGUACUAUGUAGUGUCUUUCGAUAUUAAAUAUACCCUUAACCCUUUACCACAUAUAUACGCGAAACAACGCACUUUCGACCACCCCCUUUUUUAGGCCUCAAAUAGUGAAAAAAUGUCCUAUUUGGGCCCCAAACAUAAGUUUUUGUUUGAGAAAUGUUGUUAAAAAAAAAUUGAGCACUUUUUCGGCGCCGCCCCCCAUCCAAAAGAUACAUCAGGGGGUUGCCAGAAGGGGGAUGUGCCCCCUUCUGUUAGGGGGGUCUGAAGGGGGGCGGAGUCCCCCUCAUCGCCAAGAAAAUUUUAGACUUGUGAGAGGCUAAAAAUGACCCCAGGUCGAUCAUAAUGUAACGUUUAACCAACGCUGAAAAGCCUUUGACUCUAUCUCAAUCCCUUGAGAAGUUGCAGCACUUUGAAAUAAAUUUUGAUGGAAAAAAUCGAGGCAAAAUAGUGAUUUUUGGCAAUUUUGAGAUGUCCCCUCGUUGCCAUGGUAACAGGAAAUUUAAGACUGAGCAUGUCGUUACAAAGGCAGGCAAUGGUCCAGUCAACAUUUGUGCCAAGUUUGAUAAGUAUUGAAGCAUUUUUCAUAGUUUCAUAACAGUUUGAACUUUUAACAGGAGGCUUUUCAGUGAAAACGGCCAUUUUUCACAAUAUGCUCAUGGGGGAAAGGGUUAAGUGACUAUUUUGUCAAAAUUUUCAAUGGCUCUGUGAAAAAUAUUUUCUUUGAAUAUAUUAUUUUUCUAGAAUACCAAUAUCACUGAUGUGUAUAUUAAAAACAAAGGUAAUUUCUGCAAAUGAAUUAAAUUAAUAAUCUUAUGCUUUGAUUUGUAAUGGUUUUUUGUAAUGGAAACACGGGUUACCAAAAAAAUUAUCAGAUGUACAUAAAUACAUGUAAAAUCUCAUAGAAAGACGUCUUUCAUGUUUACAAUAAAGUAUUAUUGUUCAGUAUUAGUUUAGAAAAUGACAUGCUCUGAUUUUUUUUGGAUUUUUUUCUUCAGUUUAUGGUGAAUUUUCUACAAAUUUGAAAAUUAAAAAAAAAAUGUAAAUUUGACAAUAUCUAAUGAGCCAAAUUUGAACAAUGCCAAAGAAAAAUCAUUAAGAGCCGUGCCAUGACAAAACCAACAUAAUGGGUUUGCGACCAGCAUGGAUCUGUACCAGCCUACGCAUCCGCGCAGUCUGAUCAGGAUCCAUGCUGUUCCCUAUCAGUUUCUCUAAUUGUAAAAGGGUUGGUAAGUGAACAGCAUGGAUCCUGAUCAGACUGCGCGGAUGCACAGGCUGGUCUGGAUCCAUGCUGGUCGCAAACCCAUUAUGUUGGUUUUGUUGUGAUGCGGCUCAUUUAUGAAAGCCGGCAACUUUUUUCACAUUUACAAAAAAGUAUCAUUAUUCAGUAUUAAUUUAGAAAAUGACAUUUCCUGAUUUUUUUUUUUCAAUUUGAUGAUGAAUUUUCUACAACUAUGAAAAUUAAAAAAAAAAAAUGUAAAUUUGACAAUAUCUAAUAAGCCAAAUUUAAACAAUGCCAAAGAAAAAUCUUUUAUCCAAGCUGGUUUACAAAAAUUUAGAAAAUGAUUUUUGCAGUGCUCUCAAUAAAAUUCAAUAUAUUGUUUGUAUAUCAUUUCAAAAUUUUCUAUCACAAUUAUAAAGCUCGGCUUCCCCCUAUUAGAGUCACAAGCAUACUUGUAUUACAUUAUUUAUGUGAGUUCAUAAGUACUUGAGCUGAUUCAGGAGUAUUAUACAUUGUAUAUAACAAGUGUUUAUCAAUAAUAUAAUGUUUAUCGAACAGUGUAAUGUUUUUGGUAAACAACUGUCUAUAAUAGACUCUCCUAAAAUUUAACCUUAGGAUACACUACAAUACCAUCAAGAGUAUACUAGUCAUUGGAAAAAGGAAAUUUCCAUUUAAACCAAUCCCCAUGCUGCGAAAUAUAAACAGGAAGUUCACUGAUAUAUCAAAACAUGUUUACUUCAAUAAACAGUGUCUAUGUCAUUUCUAUUUUUAAAUGCAUUUUCAUCACUUAGAAAAACAAUUUUCAUACAAUGUUAUAUUUUUUUAUAUUUUUUUUUUACAAAUGAUAGGGCUACUAUAUUUCUAUAUUGAUUUUUCAUGUACUUUUUCUUGAAUGCUCUUAACAUUUUCAUUCUUAAAUAAAUUAAGUUUUAAACUUAAAUGGAUCAAUUUUAAUCAAUCUUGAAAUUUUUAAACAUAGUAUGGUAAUUCACAGAGGAAUUGUUAAAUGUCUUUUUACAUAAUCAUUUUUAAAAAGUUCUUUGUAAUACUUUUUUGUCCUUGUUAAAUUUCAUUUGUUUUUAUUUAUGCAAUAUCAAUGUAAUAAAUGUUUGCUGAUUCUCAAUUAUUUUGGCCUGUAUAUUAUUGAGGAAAUUUUGUUGGCUUAUUGACUAUUGUGACAAUUUUUUUUUUAUAUAUUUACUGUUGAAAAAAUUUUCUUGGCCUAUUUAUUAUUGAGAUAGCAUGGCAUUUCAAUGUUGAUUUUAAAUAUUGCAGUUUAAUUUUAUAAUUUUUUUAUUGGUUUCUAUACAAAUUGGUAUCUUUGGAGCUACUAAAUUGAAUAUGACGGAUUGAUCCAUGAUUUGUACAUCACUAGUUGAGUGUGUGACCGAUUGAUCCAUGAUUUGUACAUCACUAGUUGAGUGUGUGACCGAUUGAUCCAUGAUUUGUACAUCACUAGUUGAGUGUGUGACCGAUUGAUUUAUGAUUUGUACAUCACUAGUUGAGUGUGUGGCCAAUUGAUCCAUGAUUUGUACAUCACUAGUUGAGUUUGUGACCGAUUGAUCCAUGAUUUGUACAUCACUAGUUGAGUGUGUGACCAAUUGAUCCAUGAUUUGUACAUCACUAGUUGAGUGUGUGACCCGAUUGAUCCAUGAUUUGUACAUCACUAGUUGAGUGUGUGACCGAUUGAUCCAUGAUUUGUACAUCACUAGUUGAGUGUGUGACCGAUUGAUCCAUGAUUUGUACAUCACUAGUUGAGUGUGUGACCGAUUGAUCCCAUGAUUUGUACAUCACUAGUUGAGUGUGUGACCGAUUGAUCCAUGAUUUGUACAUCACUAGUUGAGUGUGUGACCGAUUGAUCCAUGAUUUGUACAUCACUAGUUGAGAGAGUGAAAUAUUUGUACAUUUGUAGACCUUUUAAAUUUGUAAAUAUUUUUACCUUUAUAAAUUCAUAUUUUGAUGUUAAUUUUGUUUUUGAUAUUUCAUUGAGAGACAUUUUCUGUUUUUAAGCUGUUUAUUAAAACAUACUCUUAACAAGUUUUCAAAUUUUAAUUCAUUUUUAUUUUUGAAUAAAUAGAACUCUUUUUUCAUGGAAAAUUACAAGCUUGUCUGCUUUUAUUUGUGACUUUUGGCAGAAGGAUCAUGUGCAAUUACAAUUGAAUGUAUGCAUAACAAAUUGAAUGUUAGUAAGGACCAAUAGUUGCAUCGAUUAAUUCAUGAUAAUUUUCUUACAAUAUUUUUGUGUAAUUUAAUAGAUAAAAUGUAUAUAAUGUACAAUAUCAUUGUAUAAUUAAGAUAUCACAAUAGCUAGUCUAUCAUAUUAUUUAUUUCCAUUUUUGAUUAUUUUUUUUUGUUGAAUCAGUAGCAAUGGCAGCUAAGAAUAGGGAUAAACAUUCAUUUUAACAACAACUUUCAAUUAUCAUCAUCAAUUAUCAUUCUUGAUUAAAACAGGGCACUCAUUUUAAUUUACAAAAAACAA